CAUCGAUCUCUUAGCUUAGCUGCAUUUAUAUUAAUUACAUUUGAUCUUCAAUUCAAUUCUCAAUUGAAAAUGGUUGUUAGAUUACUUAUCAUUGCCACUGCGGUUUUGGCAUUGGCAUCUUCAUUUGCAGAAGCAUCAGAUCCCAGCCCUUUACAGGAUUUCUGCGUCGCUGUUAAUGACUCCAAGGCUGCAGUGUUUGUUAAUGGAAAGAUUUGCAAGAACCCAAUGGAAGUUAAUGCUGAUGAUUUCCUCUUCCAAGGCCUUAACAAGCCCGGGAACACAUCAAAUCCACUCGGAUCAGCUGUCUCACCCGUGAAUGUCAAUAAUCUACCGGGACUUAACACACUUGGCAUUUCACUAGCUCGUAUUGAUUUUGAGCCCUACGGCCUCAACCCUCCCCACACCCACCCUCGUGCAACUGAAGUCCUUACAGUCUUGGAGGGCACCCUCUAUGUCGGCUUUGUCCUUUCUAAUCCAGCACCAGGAAUGAAGAACAAGCUCUUCACAAAAGUUCUUAAAGAGGGCGAUGUUUUUGUAUUCCCACAAGGUCUCAUUCAUUUCCAGUUCAACAUUGGACAUUCAAAAGCCAUUGCUUUUGCUGGCUUGAGUAGUCAAAAUCCAGGAGUCAUCACUAUUGCCAACGCUGUUUUCGGAUCUGAUCCACCAAUAAGUCCAAAUGUUUUGACUAAAGCAUUCCAAGUGGACAAGAAUGUGAUUAACUACCUCCAAUCACAAUUCUGGUACAACAACAACUAAUCAUCCAAACGUAUAUUAGGAUGGAUAGAUUUUCCUUCGUAAUACAUAUUCUUAUUACUACGUACUUUUUGUAGUAUUAAUUUUAUAAACCGCCUCUUUCUGACGUUCUCAUGCAUGUUAUUGAUUGAAUCGAUACUUAAACACAUAUGUUGUAUCUUUUUUUAUAUUUACUUGGAAUGGAUUUUAAUGAAAUAAACUGAUUGGCUUA